GAAUAUAUCUCUAAUACUCUAAUCCUAGACUACUCUAAUCAUAGAUAAAAGAAAUAUAUACUAACUUUAAUUUAUGCCAUGUCUAUGGCAUGGUCUAUGACACGUAAGCAAAUAUGCAUAAAAGCAUAAUGAGCAUAAAACAAGCGUAAAAUAAAAUGGAAACUUAUACGACCCGUUUAAGCUUUAGUUAAGCAGAUACCCAAAAACGUGAAAUUAUUCAAAAUAAUUAACAAGUUUUGUGAACAUUGCUCUACAAGGUCGUUAACGUUAUUAUAUCUUUCCUUUAAUUCACAUGAAAAUGACCACUUUAAGGCAAAAACAAAAAAAUGCUUUAAAGCAAAUGUUGAAUUUAAACCAGCCACUUUCAAAAUUAGGAAACUCUGAACCUAUUUGGAAGGUGUUAAUUUAUGAUAGAAUUGGUCAGGAUAUAAUAUCACCACUUAUAUCAAUUAAGGAACUUCGUGAGAUGGGAGUAACUUUACACGUGCAGCUUCAUUCUGACAGGGAUCCUAUUCCUGAAGUACCCGCUGUUUAUUUUUGUAUACCUUCAGAUGAAAAUUUAGGAAGGAUUAGUCAAGAUUUUCAUAGAGGCAUUUAUGAUGCUUACCAUUUAAAUUUUAUAUCUCCAAUCAGUAGACAGAAAUUGGAAGAUUUAGCAGCUUCAGCAUUGCAAGCAAACUGUGUUGGAAACAUUCAAAAAGUUUAUGAUCAGUAUAUUAAUUUUAUUUCUUUGGAAGAUGAUUUAUUUAUUUUGAAACAUCAAAAUAGUGAUUCUUUAUCAUACUAUGCAAUAAACAGAGGUGAUAUUAAAGAUACUGAAAUGGAUGAAAUAAUGAAUAACAUAGUUGAUAGUUUGUUCUCAGUAUUUGUUACAAUGGGAACGGUCCCAAUAAUUCGAAGCCCAAAGGGUAAUGCAGCAGACAUGGUGGCCAAAAAAUUAGAUAAAAAAUUAAGGGAUAAUUUGUUUGAUGCGAGAAAUAAUUUGUUCCAUUCUGAUGCUCAGACAGGUUGUUUUAAUUUUCAAAGGCCAAUUUUAAUCAUUUUGGACAGAAAUGUAGAUAUGGCCACACCUUUACAUCACACUUGGACUUACCAAGCAUUAGCGCAUGAUGUUUUAGACUUAACCCUUAAUAGGGUUGUAAUUGAAGAGAAAACAUCUGCUGGAGGUACUAGAGCAAAAACAAGACCUUACGAACUUGAUGGAAAAGACAAGUUUUGGAUGAAUUACAAAGGUUCUCCAUUCCCCAUGGUAGCCGAAGCUAUCCAAGAAGAAUUGGAGCAGUAUAAAUCAUCUGAAGAUGAAGUUAAAAAAUUAAAAACAUCGAUGGGAAUUGAUAACGAAAGCGACCUCGCUAUUUCCAUGGUUUCUGAUAAUACAGCACGAAUUACAUCAGCUGUUAAUUCAUUGCCACAACUUUUAGAGAAGAAACGGCUAAUAGAUAUGCAUACAACAGUAGCUACAGAAAUUUUGAAUUUCAUAAAGAAACGGAAAUUAGACACAUUCUUUGAAUUCGAAGAGAAGAUUCUUAGUAAAGUAAAUGUUGAUAAAGGCCUAUUAGAAAUUUUAAAUGAUCCUAAUGUGGGAACAACUGAAGACAAAUUGAGGUUAUUUUUAAUUUAUUACAUUUACACUCCUCAUGUAUCAGAGACGGAUUUGAAAAAGUACGAAGCAGCACUUAUGGAAGCAGGUUGUGAUCUUUCAUCAAUAGCGUAUAUUAAAAGAUGGAGGAGCUAUACAAAAAUGUCAUCAGCAAGUCUUAAUCAAUAUGAAGGAGCCGGAACUAAAACAGUCAAUAUGUUUUCAAAACUAGUAUCACAGGGUUCGUCAUUUGUCAUGGAAGGAGUUAAAAAUUUGGUUGUUAAGAAGCAUAACUUGCCUGUAACAAAAAUUGUAGACCAUCUGAUGGAUUUCAAAAAUAGUCCUGAAAUGGAAGAGUACAAUUAUUUAGAUCCUAAGCAAUUAAAAGUGACAGAUAUUCCUAGAAAUAGGUCUCCAUUUCAAGAUGCUUUUGUAUUUAUCAUUGGUGGAGGCAAUUACAUUGAAUAUCAAAAUUUAGUUGAUUAUGCAAAGGCAAAAACUUCUUCAGGAAAUGUAAAAAGAGUAAUUUAUGGAACAACAACUUUAACUAAUGCAAAACUAUUUCUUAAACAAUUGUCUUUGUUGGGGCAGGAAAUAUCCUAGUAUUUUUUUUUUAGUUUUUAUAGCUUCAUACACUCCAGGAUAUUUUAACAACUGUAUCUUACUUUUAUAUAUAUAUAUGUAUGUAUACAUGUACAUGGUUAGGUCAUAUUUAUUAAAAGUUAGUAUUUUUAUAAA